CUCAAAGGCAAAAAAAUGAAUGCUGAUUCAAAAUAGUACCUUUUUUUCAGAGUCGAGAAAACAUAAGUUAAAGAUGAAUAUACAAAAAUCAUUAUUGACAAUACUUCUAUUUUUGUUCAUUGUUGUAGAAGGUAAUUGUCUUUGGUGCUACGAGUGUCUAUCCAACAUAUCCUGGCUAGACUGCCACAGACAUAUGUUCAAACGAAAAUGCAAUUUCUCCGAGAAAUUUUGCUUAAAAGCAACUCGUUAUGCUGAUGAUAAGGGAAAUCCCGAAAAGACWAUGGUCAAAUUAUGUACGGAGAAAGAACUGUGUUCGGGUUAUGAAUGCAAGAAAUACAAUGUAGAAUGUGAAGUUAACUGCUGUGACACAGACUUCUGCAAUGGAACGGGACUAUUGCCAAGGAUGAACGUGUUUUUUAUAGCUAUGAUAGUAAUUAAUACUGUUUUUAUCAAUACACUCAGGAUGUUUCCAUUAGUUGGAUAGACUAUAACACACUCGAUGUUAACCGAGGGGGGAACAGACCCCUUUCGAAUUCCAAAUUACCGCUGUGUUUCUUGAUUACAGACUCAUUUGCACAGGGUUAGCCUCGAGUUUGUGCAGAAUAUUCACGUGUUCCAGUCAAGGUCC